GUUUCCUUAUUCAAGAUGGCGGUGAGCGUAGAACUUUCUGGCGCUACUCUACACCUUUCUGAUGUGGAAAGAAAUCCCAAAGAAGUCUCUGAACGCGGAAAAGAAUCUAAAAAACAGCAGACAGGAACCUCUAGGAUCGAGAUAUGCUGUAAAACCUUGGCUUUUCUCAUUGUGGUAUGCUUGAUCUGCGUUCAUUUCGCGCGUGUCCAGCGAGAAGGCUCUAGUACCUGCCCUGCUAUGUUUCAGUCUGGUCGCUGGAGAGGAAGCUUUUGGCAACCUCGUGGUUGUAUGAUGCAUUCUUAUACUUCAAGUCAGCAAGAAAAUUCAUCUGUGACUGUAAUGUGGUCGUCAUUUCAUGCCGCUAAAAGGAAACCGGAGUCAUCAACAGAUGGUCUUCAUUACGGACAGCCAAUAACAACACUGGAACUGAAUCUGAUUUUGAAUUAUUAUUGCAAUCAAUACCUUCAAGUUCCUGAUGCUACUUGUUGCUUACCAGCGCCAAGACUGACUCAUUUGCAACGAAACACGUUUGCUGUUUUUAUCACAUGCAUUGUACUGUUUCUGAUCAUGUUCGUUUGUCAGCAUCUGUGGCCUGCGGAACCGAGACAAACUUUUUUUUCAAGGAACAAAAGCAGUACAGUCAUCUGGUGUUUAUCUUGGUGCUGUUUGUUUUCUUGGCCUUGGGAGCCUGGACUUGGUCACCAGCUCAACAGACCGUGUUUUUAAACAGAGAUCAGACGAAUGAGUGGAGAGGCUGGAUGCAAUUAGUUAUACUUUUGUAUCAUUACAUUGGGGCAAGCAAGGUGCUUCCAAUUUACGUGUUUAUAAGACUCCUCGUAGCUUCAUAUCUUUUCCUCUCUGGGUAUGGGCAUUUCUCGUACUUUUGGAAUAAGGGAGAUUUUGGCCUCUACAGGUUUUGUCAGGUUAUUACUCGCAUGAAUAUUCUCGUGGCUGUUCUCUGUUUAAUCAUGGGUCGCCCCUAUCAGUUCUACUACUUUGUUCCGUUAGUAACCUUCUGGUUUGUAGUGGUUUAUGCUGUGAUGGCAUUGUGGCCCAGAGUCACUGCUGCUCGUGUUAAAGAUAACCAGAAGCAUUAUUUUGUUGUAUUGGUGAAGUUCCUGUUCCUGUUUGGCGUUAUUUCCACGAUCUGGAGCUCACCAACGUUAUGCCAAUGGAUAUUUUCCCAGUGGGCCAUUAAAGAAUUAUUCAUCGAUGAGAAUGAUAGUGUUCGCGAGUGGUGGUUUCGGUCAUGGCUGGAUAGAUAUGGUACACUUUUUGGAAUGGUUGUAGCAUUUCUUUACUGCUCUGGAAAAUAUCUUAAAAUGUUCGACGAUAACAACAAGAGAACUCUCUUCUCCAGACCUGUAGGCUUUGUGUGUCUAGUAUUUGCUGUUGUGGCGAUAAUGAUUUAUACUACUCAGGCAUUAACGUGCUCUUCUAAAGUUUCUUGCAAUCAGACUCAUUCGACAAUGUCAUUUAUACCUAUUAUAGCCUUCGUGUUCCUUAGGAAUGUUCCCGGUCCGUUCCGGUCAAAAUUCAGUAAAUUUUUCUCCUGGGUUGGAAAUAUUUCUCUCGAGUUGUUUAUAGCACAGUACCACAUUUGGCUGGCGCAUGACACAAAAGGAGUAUUAGUGCUUAUUCCGGAUCAGCCUUUACUCAAUGUUAUUCUCACCACCUACGUGUUCGUCUGUAUAAGCCACGAAAUUCAUAAAGUUUCCGGUGUGUUGGCAAAUGCUCUGAUCACCAAAGAUAUCAAAACAAUGUUAAGAAGAGUGCUGUUUUUCAUCUUCAUGUUGAUUAUAAUCUGGUGGCAUAAGACUCACCAUGACCCGAAGCCAGUGUUAACGUGAUACUCUGAAUACUCGAGUGUAGCCAACUGGCCACGAUAAUUGCAUCUAUUCAUGGGUGAAAUGACGACGACGCUGUCCGACAACGCUUCCGAAGAUUCUCGAACCCGAAGACCUCCGAUUGUGUUGUCGGCCAAGCCGAAGCAAAUCUGACUUUGACUGGCUUUAGUUCCAGAAAUCGAGGCAUUCUGGUAAACACUUUGCAGGAAAAUCUUGUGAAACCACAAAUUCGUCUUUAAAAGUUUCCUGAAUGGUCUGAUUAAAGAAAAGAAAAGCCAUUCAGAACAAUCAAACCACGAAACGAACCUUUCCUUGUAUUAUUUAUUUUGCGCGAAAAGUUUACAAGGUAAUAUUGAUUCAAUUUUUCAAGCCCACACUCAGUAUCGUUCAAGUGUGCUUAGGGUUAUCUACAUGCGCGUCAAAGUGCACGUAAUGCGUGGGAAUGAAACGCGCUUGCAAUGCGUGUAGCUCCACGUGUGCGGUAGAAAAUUGCAGGAGCAGAAAUCGGGAGAAAGGCAUAGAAAGGUCUGCGAUUAUUAACAAAAUUAUGUAAAAUAAAAACGUGUAUAGUGCAAGGUCUCAUUUAUAUUAUACUUUGAAUUGUAGAGUAAUUCAGUUGAGUUACUUAAAAAUUUUAAUCUUGAAGUAGAGAAGGCGGGUUUUGGUCAACCUCUUUUUCAAGGGAUUUCAGGAAUAGAUAAGAGCCUGGGGACAAGUAAAGAAGUUAUUGAUAUUA